AUGGUAGACAGAGUUGAAGCUUCUUCUUCUGCAGGGAGGACUGUUACUUAUGCUAUAACUGCUGGUGAUCCUGAUGGGGUGUUCAAAAUUGAUGCCAGUUCUGGAAUAAUUUGGACUCAGCUUGCUGUUAAUAGAGAAGAGAAGUCCAAAUAUACGCUGACUGUCAUUGCUUAUGAUGGGGAGAAGAUAAGUACGCGGGCCGUGACAAUAUUGGUCAGAGAUUUGAAUGACAAUGCUCCUGUGUUUGUAUCCCUGACCACAGAGGCCACCGUGCUGGAGAAUUGGCCAGUCGGACAUAACAUAUUUUUAGCGCAGGCCACAGAUGCUGAUGCCGAUGCCAACAAGGAGAUUAGCUACAGCUUGUCCUCAUCCGAUGAGAUCAAUGGCGUCUUUGCCAUAAAUGCCACUAGUGGAGUGAUAUUCCUGGCCAAGCCACCCAGCCACAUGCCUGGGUAUAGUGCUACCUUGAACAUUACUGCUACAGAUGGGGGUGCCGCACGCAAGUUCAGUUCAAUGGCUGUGAAAAUCAGAAUAGAGGAUGUCAAUGACCACACUCCUAUCUUCACAGGAAGCCAUUGGGAGCUGUUCUUGUUUGAAUCUCAGCCUGUCAAUGAAGUUCUGAAGGUCGUGUCUGCAACUGAUGCUGACAAAGGGCAGAAUGGCGAACUUACAUACCGCAUCACCAGAGGUAAUGAAGACAAGCGGUUUGGCAUUUUCCCUGAUGGAUCUUUGUUUGUAGCUCAUGAACUAGAUAGAGAGAAAAAGGAUAUGUAUUUCCUGACAAUUGUAGUUAAAGAUGGUGGGUCAGAACCAAGGAGCUCUUCUGUUAACAUUACCGUUUAUGUCCUCGAUGAAAAUGACAACCAGCCAAAGUUUCUCAAAGAGCUAUAUGAGUUUAGUAUCAAAGAAAACAGAAAAGUAAACACUUUUGUUGGGACUGUCAAAGCAGAUGAUGAAGAUGUUGGACGCAAUGCUGACAUAGUCUACUCCCUGGGUGAAGACAAUGACAACUUUUCUAUAGAUCCUCUCAUGGGGACCAUUUAUUCCAAGAAACAGUUUGAUCGGGAGUACAUUGUGAAGACAACAAAUCAACCCUUUUAUGUUUUUGAUGUGUUUGCCACAGAUAAUGGCUUGAAGAAGCUUCAGAGUAAAGUAUCUGUCAGAGUCAAUGUUUUUGAUGAAAAUGACAACCCGCCUGUGUUUGUGCAGGUUUCAGGAUCAGUCAUCGCCAUUAAUGAGAACAGUAAUGUUAAUGAAGGUUUUUUCACACUGUCUGCAGUGGAUGCUGAUGAAGGUGCCAAUGCUGCCUUGUCUUUUGCUGUUGUCAGCGGCAAUGAAGCUGGAAAAUUCGGCAUAAGGGCAGAUAGUGGGGUGUUGUAUUUGAAGGAUAAACUGGACAGAGAGCUGGAGGAUCUGUACUUUCUGACUGUUAAUGCAACAGAUACCGGUUCAGAAGUUCAGCUGGAGGCAUCUAUAGAACUGCAAAUCUUUGUUGUUGAUUACAAUGACAAUGUACCACAGUUUGCUGCCAACACCAGACGAUUCAUCAGUGUCAGCGAGACUACGGAUGUAGGAGAAACAUUAGUGACUUUCUCUGGCAGCGACAAAGACAUGGGCAACAAUGGGAAACUCAGAUAUGAUAUUGUAUCCGGAAAUGAAGAUGACAUCUUUGCACUGGAUGUUUACUCUGGGCGACUGUCACUGACACGGAGUCUGGACUAUGAAUCAUUGAAGCUCAAUAAUGGAGAGCAUUCACUGAAUAUCACUCUCUCUGACUCAGGUUUCCCUGCUCUGUCCGUGGCCAUCAUCUUUACUGUCAAAGUCAUUGAUGCCAAUGACAAUGCUCCAGAGUUUACAGAUGGCUUGUCCAAAGUAUUUGCUAAAGAAAAUAAGCCCCCAGGAUCAAAGAUAGCAGAUUUAACAGCCGUGGACAGAGAUUCUGGGGACCUGGGUAGGGUUUUAUACAGCAUUUACAAGCAGACGCCUGGCGGAGGCCAUUUUGCCAUCAACGAAAUCACAGGGGAGAUAACUGUCAACAGUAUGUUGGAUCGAGAGAAAGAUGAUACCUUUAAAGUGACCAUCCAUGCCAUAGACCAAGACAGCAAUGUGUCCCAGAGAAAGACAGCUGAGAAAUCCUUGACAAUCUUCGUAGAGGAUGUCAAUGACAAUGCUCCAGUAAUCAUGAGCCCUGGAGUAUUUCUAGUUCCUUCUUCUUCUUCUGGAGGCAGUACUGUUGCUUCAGUUACCGCCAUAGAUGUGGACCACGCUGAUAAUAGCAAGAUAUCAUACUCUUUCUCAGGUCAGAAACCGACCUUGUUCAAUAUAAACCCGACAACAGGUACCAUAUCACUGACCCAGAACCUGCCACCUCUACCUUCCAGCUAUGUCUUAAACAUAACAGCGACCGAUGGGGGCUCAGAUGACACUUUAGGGGCAAAAUCCACCACAGAGUCCGUGACUCUUCUCGUACAUGCCACCAGUGGCAAUGGCCCAGUGUUCUCUAGUUCGAAUCCAACUUCCGGUAGUUUCAAAGAGAAUGUGGCUCCAGGAGCCAGCAUUAUGAGGAUGACAGCCACCCCAUCCUCCUUGGGUUUUAGGGUGGAAUACUACAUCACCAAGGUGACCGUGGCUGGGCGAGCAUACAGCGGAUUAUUUUUCAUUGACCGGUCAGCUGGGGUCAUCUCCACGGCCGUUUCUGUGGACAGGGAGCAGCUGCCCGCCGACCUGUUCCUUGUGGAUAUAAGUGCUGUUGAAUCGGAUGACAGCGGGCAGCGGGCCACGACUGUGCCG